ACAGACACACAUCGCACCGCUUCGACGACAACGUUGCUCCCUACUCUACCACGAACGUGUCUGCACACAUAAAAUCCCUCCCGGUAGACUCAGGACUUACUUUGUGCUCCAUCCGAGCGAGGGAAGCCUCAUGUCUUCGACCGCAUCACCUCUUCAGUUCUACUGGGCGAGCAUGGGUGCUUAUUAAUGCUGGAAGAAUGAACAUGAACCCCUCAUGGACGAGCCUUCGAUACCCACGUCCUCGGUCAAUCACGAUGGAUUCUCCUCGCGAGCUGCGAAGGCUCAGGUGUCGAGAAGCCAAGAUUGCUUUGCAGAAGGGUCGCAAGAGGAGGAGUCAUGUAGUGGGAUAAGAAGCCAUCCAUGCUCAAGACCUGCGGAGCAGAUUGAUGCAAGUGCACCCUUGUCAUCCUCGACUAUGAAAAGCGAGCGUGUCAGGUACAGUGCACCCCAAUUGUGGCACAGAAGCUCGAGGCACCGCACACCUCCCUCGGCGGGCUCGGCAUCAUCCGCAAGACGCCUCGAGGAGCUCAAGCCGGAGGAGCAAGUAUUGCGGUUGCGCGCAUCGGAAAUAUCGGCACUGGCAGGCCUCCAUCCUUUCAAAGACGUACUGGAGCUAUUAGACCGACACAUCUAUCAGGAUUUGCCUCACCUGCAAGCGGAAGAUUGCGCGUCGUGCGGGCUGGUGUUGAUGACGAAGGAGGAAGAAUUCGAGGAGCUGGUUGGGCUAGCGGGUCCAGAGGCUGCUUUGCUCCGCCAAGUGCACUCAAACAGUUUUUCGGCCGCUGUGCAGACCACACAAGACGUGGAUAGACGCAGAAGCGAUAUAACGGAUGUGCUGGAGCGAGUGGCCGCACGAGGGCGAGUUGGCGCGGAGGAGGUGACGCUCUUGCGAAAUCAUAUGACUUACUCCCUGGCCACAGAAUACGGCAAGCGGCACGAAGAUGCGGGCAUUAAGCAGUACGAGGCCACCCAUGGCGUCCAAGUCCACAGUCAGAACGACACUUUGCUGGCAUGGACGUUCCCUCGAGACCCCACUGCCGUCUCCUGGGACAAGCCCCCUCCUCUGCAGGUCACGCCCCUGAGACCCGAGGCGA